AUGAGUUUUUCUACAACUUGUGAAUUCGAUCAUUCUAAAAAUCUCCAUCGUAAAUUUAAUACUCUUCAUAUUUAAUCAAGAAAAUAUGUAGAUCCAUUAGUAACAACAAAACCAUUCGAAACACGCAAUCAUGGUUAGUAAUUUGAACAACAUUUUGCUCAUUACUUAAAAGGUGACUUAAAUCUAUAGAGAUUGAUAUAAAGACUCAACUAUCCACGAUUGAAUGCAGAAUAAUAAUUAUUACCAAAACAUAGAAUGACUCUAAAAAUACGUUAACAAACAGAAUAAAGAAAAAAUUAUCUAAAAAGUAAAAUUGUAAAAGUUCGUAAUCUUAUCAAAGAGAAAGUAGAAAUUAAGAAACCUAAUAAUGAAGAAAUACGUUAAGGUAAUGCACAAACUCUAACUAUUGUAUAAACAAUUUUAGAUAUUGCAAAUCAUAAAGAAAACUCUGUUGGUUAUUAAGAGAAAUUAAUACCGAAAACAAAAAGCUUAAAACAAUAUCGAUUAAAUUAUGAUAAUGUUGAACCUGUUUGUAAAUUGCAAUAGGAAGUAAUUCAAAGUAUUCCUACAAGAUCAUAUUUAAAAUCUGUUCUUGAGAAUAAUGCUUAGCUCUAUCUCUAAGAAUUGUAAAGCAGAGCUGAAUAACAUGAAAAUAAUAUAAAUAAAAUGGUUCGAUUAAGCAUUUAAACAAAACGAAAAGAUUUUACUCUAUUUCAUAAAGCUGCAAAAACAGAUCGUAAAAAUCAAGAUGGAAUACUAACUCAUGCUGAUGUUCAAUUGUAUGAUUAUUUAUACAAUAAACCUAAAGGAGUAAUGAUUGAAAAACAUCCAAAAUAUAUUCAAAAUGUCAUAGAUUCUGAAGUUGAUUUUCGUAAGAACUUCAGUAGAAAAGUGUUUACUCAUAGAUUCAAUAGAACUCAUUAUAAUUAAGAUCCUCCUGAAAAUCCUGAUGAUUCUUGUGCUUCUUCUUUACAAUCUGCAUGUGAAAUAAAAUUAGAUAAUUAUUAUGCUGAAACCAGAGAAUGGAAACGUAAGUAAUAUCUUCAAUUACCCAGACGUAUCAAAUAAUUGAUUGCUUUAGAAGAAUUGAAUCAGUAAUUCUCAACUAUUCAUCUAGGAAAGCCAUCCAUACGACAGUUAAUAAGUUAGAAUCUUAAUGA